CUGUUACGGGGGGUACAGUAUGUAUAUCAAUGACACAGAUUUGGUGGUGAGGGGUACAUUGCUUGACUGUAGAGGACUAGUCUGGCUGCUAAUCUUGACAAGGCAGUGGAUCACUUCUGCCGAUGAUGGCCGUGGUGCAUGUUCUGAAUCGGGCCAUGAUCCCGAACCAAGUCCGGCUCUGAGGGAGAUUGCCAGUGAGAGACGAGACGUGGACGAGGCCGAAAGCCGGAAAGCUAUAUUGAGCUCCUCGCGACCACACCCAACCUCCACAGUCACUUCGACCCCUCCCCCUCGAGACAGGACCUACAAACAUCACAGGCAGAAGCGUUGAAGCGUCAAGCGCAAACACACCCACCCACCCAUAUAUCCACACACAUACACAACACACAGACCCAACAAAAUGGCCUUCACCACAAAGGCAACCAUCGCCUCCUUCGGCGGCCGCCUCCUCAAGCUGUCGCACCAGUCGGCCACGACGGGCACCGAGAUGGCCGUGCACCUAUACGUGCCGCCGCAGGCCUUCCGCGACGGCAAGAAGGUGCCCCUCCUCAUGUACCUGUCAGGCCUCACGUGCUCGCCCGACAACUGCGCCGAGAAGGGCUUCUUCCAGCACGGCGCGGCCCGCGCGGGCGUCGCCGUCGCCUACCCGGACACGUCGCCGCGCGGCCUGUCCCUGCCCGGCGAGGACGACUCGUGGGACUUUGGGUCCGCGGCCUCGUUCUACGUCGACGCCGAGAGGGAGCCGUACGGGAGGAACUACAAGAUGGAGACGUACCUGACCAAGGAGCUGCCGGCGCUCCUGUACGGCAGCGACGAGGGCGCGAGGUGGCUGGACGAGGCCAAGGGGAUCAGCAUCACGGGCCACUCGAUGGGCGGCCACGGCGCGCUGACGCUGUACCUCAAGAACCCGGGCAUGUACCGCAGCGCCAGCGCCUUUGCGCCCAUCGCGAACCCGACCAGGUGCCCCUGGGGCGAGAAGGCGUUUGCGGGCUACCUGGGCGACGACAGGGAGGCGUGGAAGAGACACGACGCGACGGAGCUGGUCAAGGGGUGGAAGGGUGGGGAUCUCAAGAUGCUGAUCGACGUGGGCACCGGAGACAAUUUCUACAAGCAGAAGCAGCUCCUCCCCGAGAACUUUGAGCAGGCCGUCAAGGAGGCCGGGCACACGGGGCUGAACCUGAGGUAUCAGGAGGACUACGACCACUCAUACUACUUUAUGGCUUCAUUCAGCGACGACCACAUCAACCACGCCGCCAAGUACCUUGACGCUUAGGUUGGCCUCGACACCGCAGCUUAGGGUAACCCUAGCCGCAGAGCACAGCAAGCCUCGGGCGGUAUGGAGAGGGGUUCCCUGCCACCAGCUUAUACUCACAAGAGGAACCCAAGCACUCAGCGGCAAGGCGAGAACGAGCACGCAUCUUCAAUAACACAUGCGCUCAAAAGCGUAAUCAACGUCUUGCCGCCAGUGAGAUUAUGUACCUCGUGAAUAAUAUUACUAUGGACAAAGAAUCCUGCCUUUUGCUUCCAGCGAAACCAAAGUGCAAAAAAGAAACAAGCCGCAGCCGCUGGUACAGACCACAGAUCACCAUUCUCCAAUUAGGGAGGGCUCCUUGAGCUGUCUUUCGGUAUCCAAAGCAAAAAGAUGAAGAAGAUAGCAAAGCGUAG